AUGAGGGGCUUGGAUUCAAACGGCAAUCUCGAGCUCAAUGCGGCCUUACAAAACGACCUCGAUUCGCUGCUACUCUUACAGCAGCACAAUAACCGCGCUCCGGGCCUUGAACGCGAAUGCGAUUUGGACAUAAACAGGAGCGGGAGCGCACCCCCGACUGUCGAGGGUGCGUUGGGGGCUGCCGGCAGCCUUUUCAACCAUCCCGAUUUCGCGAAAACCUAUGAAACCGGGAAGAACAUCAGCGCCACCAUGAGUUUGCUGUCUGAAAACGAAAUCCGGUCCCACCCUGCCUACUUGGAAUACUAUUACUCCAACGAGAAUCUCAACCCUCGGCUCCCACCGCCCACUCUGUCGAAGGAGGAUUGGAGAGUGGCACAGAGGAUUAGGGCCGCAUUUGGUUUGGGCAUGAAUGUGAACGAUAGUAGUAAUAGUAGUGGUGUUGGUGUGGGCACGUCUCUGUUUACGAUGCAACCGGGUUUGUCUGUGAAAAAGAGCGAGGAUGACUUGAUGGAGCUGAGAAAGACGGCUUUGAGGAACCUGUCGAGGAAAAAUUCGGUGGACUCGUUUGAGAAGGGCGGGAGUUUGAGUCCUGGAAUGGGAGCUAGAAGGAAGAGCUUUGCUGAUAUACUUCAGGAAGGUCGUGGCCAACCUCUGAAAUCAAACCUUUCACGUGCUGCUAGUCAGAGCUCAGUUGCUGAUGCUGCAGAUUCAACGGGAAUGGCAAAAUCGGAAUCUUACGAAUCUCUGGCUAGUGCCUCAUCCAAUCCAAGUGGUUUAUCAUCUCGAGCAAAUUCAAGGGCCGAAUUGCUUCCUGCUGAUGGCUUGAGUUCCUCGCCCAGCAUUUUUGAGAUAGCCGAUAUUGCUGCUUCACUUUCCGCAUUAAAUGCUUCAAGAGGUCAACUUCACACAGAAAAUAUCCCUUUAUCUGCUCUUCAGAUGAACAUCUUGAACGACAUAAACUAUGCCAAUUUAAGGACAAACGAAUAUCCAAGGAGGGCAUCUUCAACAAGUAGUCUUCUCCAAUGCCAACAUAAUCCUUCUGAUUUUGCGGGUCGGUAUUUUUCUUGGUAUUCCUGUUCACGUCUGGGUGGUGCUAAUGGACCGGGAGUGAUUUCGAGAACCACUGCCCCCCCGCCAGGAUUUCAUUAUCCUGUUGUGGGUCCCCACCAAAUCCAAUAUUUGCCCAAAGCAAAUUUUCCUCAUAGCCAUGAUGACUUGCGGGCUUUGGAGAAAGCUUAUCUCGAUGCAUUGCUUAUGCAGAGGAGGCAGCAAUAUGAAGCACUCCUUUUACAGACAGCUGCCAGUAUUGGUACUGCUCAAUACCCCACGAAUGCUGCAUUUAGUCCAUCAGCUGCUCCAUUUCAAGAGAAUCUUGGGCUAAAUGCUCAGAGUCCGAUAGUCGGUCCGAGAGGUCCGGCACCUCAGAAGGAGAAAAAUGCUCAAAUGCACUCGAAUUUGAGAAAUGUAAAGGGAGAAUCGAGUGGAAGCAGUACGAAAGGAAGAUUCGAGUCCCUUUUGGAAGUGCUCAAGAACAAUAAGAGCAAAUCUUUGGAACUCCCGGACAUUGUUGAUCAUGUUGUUGAGUUAAGCAUGGAUCAAUAUGGAAGCCGCUUCAUUCAGCAGAAGUUGGAGAGUGCUACUGUUGAAGAAAAGACGAAGAUACUGGCGGAGAUUAUCCCUAGUGCUCGUAGCUUAAUGAUUGACGUCUUUGGAAAUUAUGUCAUUCAAAAGGCAAGUUUCUAUUAUUUCCAUAAAGAACAAUUGUUGUUAGCAGGGCAUCUGAUUGGUCAUGUUUUGCCUCUCACUUUACAAAUGUAUGGCUGCAGGGUUAUACAAAAGGCCUUGGAAGUAGUUGAUAUUGAGAUGCAGACUAAGAUGGUAGCAGAGCUUGAUGGGUCUGUGAUGAAAUGUGUUCAUGAUCAAAAUGGUAAUCAUGUCAUCCAAAAAUGCAUCGAGUGUGUUCCUCAAGAUCGCAUUCAGUUUAUAACAACUCCAUUCUUUGGACAAGUCGUGACUUUGUCCACACAUACUUAUGGAUGUCGUGUAAUUCAGCGCAUUCUUGAGCACUGUGAUGAUCCAAAAACCCAAGAAACGAUUAUGGGUGAAAUAAUGAGCUCUGUCUGUAAGCUUGCUCAAGAUCAAUAUGGAAAUUACGUCAUUCAGCAUGUUGUGCAGCACGGAAAACCACACGAGCGCUCAGCAAUCAUUGGCAAACUCGCUGGUCAGAUCGUGAAGAUGAGUCAGCAGAAAUUCGCAUCUAAUGUUAUUGAGAAGUGUUUGACUUUCGGAGGUCCCGAAGAGCGCCAAGUUUUGGUGAACGAGAUGCUUGGCUCGACUGACGAAAAUGAACCACUACAGGCUAUGAUGAAAGAUCCUUUUGGAAACUACGUCGUGCAGAAGGUAAUCGAGACGUGUGAUGACAAGAGCCGGGAGUUAAUUCUCUCGCGCAUUAAGGUUCACUUGAGUGCACUCAAGAAGUACACUUACGGCAAACACAUUGUAUCCCGUGUGGAAAAACUCAUCGCUACCGGAGAAAGGCAUAUUGGGCAAUCUCCCUCCAAAUCCCCUUGA